GACAGUGAGUGUAGCGAUUUCGAAUAUCGACUAUCGAGGACUAUCGAAUGCAAGCACAACAAAGUGAUUUGUUUAUUAAAAUACCUUCAUUUUAUUUAAACUUCAAUAAUGACGGGUAGCAGUGCUGUUAGAGAUGCCGCUAAUGCGUCCCUAACGAGCACAGACGCAUUUAGUUGGCAUCGCUGGUGUCGGCUCUGCGCCAAAGAGCAUCCGGACAACGUAAAUGUGUACUUCCGCAACGAUGAUCAGACGUGGACAAGCGUGCUGGCCGUGGCUAUUGGUAAAUAUUUUUGGGUUAACAUCAAAAUGGAGGAUGAGCUGAGCAACGCCUUAUGCAAAGAAUGCUACACGCUGGUAGAGGACCUAAUCGAAUUUUCCGAUCGUGUGAGUCGUGUUCAAACCCUUUUCAGCAGAUUGCAGCAGGCCGGGUCACAGAGCACUUUAAACUAUAGUGAAUUACGCAAAGAAUGUGGCCUGCAAGCAGAGGACUGGAAACAUAUAGUUUCGAAGGAGUCUACGAUUAAAAAGACUGAAGCAGAUGCAAUUGAAUACAUUGUCGAUGAAAUGGUCGAGUCAAUUGAUGAAGCUGCCGAAAUAAUGAACGAGAUCGAAGAAUCGGAAGAGUAUCCUGAGAAUGAUGACGACAAUACCUACGAAACAUACGCCGAACCCACUGAACAAGAGGAGAACGUGGAGAAAGAAUACGUAGAAGCAGAAUUAAUCACAGACAGUGCGUAUGUUGAACAAGAGGAUCAAAGAGAUGAGGAACAGUCAGUGCCGGAGCCUAAGUCUAAUACAGACUAUACUGACACAAUUGCCACAACAUCGACAAAUGAAGAUUUACAGAAAGGUACCGAGGCAGUCUCUGAUACCAUAUCGGAGCACGAGGAUGCAGAUAGUGAACACAAUCAAUUCAAAUGCACAUCAUGUAGCAAAGGCUAUAAGAAUCAAUUGGCUUUCAAGCGACAUAUGGCCGUGAUUCAUGGCUUGGUGCCUACAGAUAAACAUAACCUUGAAUGCAAGCGAUGUCAUACCUUCUUUGCAACAGAAACUCAAUUAACUGCCCAUUAUCGUACUCAUUUGCAUGCUAAGGACAAGACGGAAAAUACAUGUGCCUACUGCCCUAAGUUCUUCACAACAGCCGGAGCUCUCAAGCGGCACGUAACGUGCAUCCAUGAGAAUGUUAAGCCAUACAUCUGUGACUGCUGCGGCAAAGGCAUGAAGACCCUCACUGCCCUCAACGAGCACAAACUGGUGCAUACGGAUGAGUGUCCUUUCGAAUGUCCGAUUUGUUUUAGGCGCUUCAAAAACAAGGCCAGGCUUAAGAUACACUCCGACACGCAUACGAAUAACAACUACGUGUGUAAUAUCUGCGGCUUAAAGCUAAAUACUCGUCGCACACUAAAUAUGCACCAGUUGGUUCACACGGAUGCCAAACAGUACAAAUGUGAUGUAUGCGGUGCUGCAUUUAAGCGUGGCAAAACGUUGAAGGCGCAUCUGAUACUCCAUACGGGCAUUAGACCUUACAAGUGCAACUUUUGUGGCAAGGACUUUUCGAAUGGCUCCAAUUGUCGCAUGCACAAGCGCAAAACGCAUCCCAAAGAGCUGGCUGAAGAAGAGGCACGAGGUGUAAUGCGUUCGACACUGCUGCCCAUGAUUACGGAGCUGACCGAAGCAUCCAAACGCGUGAAAAAACCGGCUAAAGCAGGCACAGCAGUCAUGCGUAUAAGAGUCACAGAGGACACGACAGAUCCAACAAAUGAAAACAUGUCCGACGAUGAACUGGCAGCGGAGGCCGAUAAUGAGAUGUUAUACGAGAUUGUGGAGGAGUGCCCUUAAGUGGUGCAUUUGUAUUUCAAUAAAGAGUCCAAUUACUUCAAUUUGU